GUUCUCCACGACGCAGUUCGGCUGCCAGACAAAAACCCUAAACGCCGCCGCCGCCGCCGCUCUUCCUCGAGAUGGGAGGCAAGUGCCCGCACCGCAAGGUAAAGAAGCGCCGCCUAUCCCACAAGACGGCUCGCCGCGGCAAGUUCCUCCUGAAGGCCGACGAUGCCGUCUAUGACGAGCUCGUCAAGCUGGCCGACCAGGGCAAGGACGCUGAAGCCAAGGAGCUCCCCGUCGAUGAGGACCUCCCAGGCCUGGGACAGUUCUACUGCCUCCACUGCGAUCGCUACUUUGCAAGUGAAAGCGUGAAGGAUGAUCACUACCGCUCAAAGCGCCACAAGAAAAGGGUUAAGGUAAUGUCUGGACCGGCCCCGCACACGCAGCUUGAUGCAGAACUCGCUGCAGGGAUGGGAAAGCCUGACAACGGCCUGAAGCUCAUGUCCAUGUGAAGGAACCUCUUGCUGGUACUGGUACUUGUUCCGUGCCUUUGUUGCUGCCGUACAAUUGAAGCUGCUUUGCGCAGUAAGUAAUAGCAAGAGUUAUAGCAGACGGUUUUUUUUUGUUGUACGCAAGACUUUCGAAGUGGGUGUAAGUUGUUUUAGAGUGGUGGCAGAGGGGGGGGGGGGGGGGGUGUCAAUGCAUGUAUCAUGAAACCAUUUAUCGACCCAUACCAGUGAUGAUGAUGAUGAUGUCUCG